UUUGAUGAGAAUAGAUGCAGUAGAGCUGAGGACAAAGACUUUUAAUCGGCAAUGUAUAGAUCAAUAGUCAUGAUCUCUUAUACCCAAAAUUACAGGUUUGUGAUCAACCAUCACCAUGAUGAUCAAUUAGAAGUCAUUUUCUCUAUAAGCAUGUGGGGUCAAUAGCAUUACGAAACAGAUUCCGAUGGUAUGAACUUUGUAAAUUCAUAGAGAGUUUCAUCAAGGUAUAAACUUAAUUUUCAUUAUCGCAACCAGAUUCUACGGAAGAAACCUAACCAUAAUUCUAGAACUUUGAAAAUUCUUUUAACUUUGAAAAUUCUAGAACUUUGAAAAUUCACCUUCAUCAGGCCUGUCAUACACGUAGAAGAGAACAUCUUUCCUUUAAAUAGGGCUUAUUGCAAAGAUGUUAUCAUAACCUUUCCUUCGUAUAUCCCAUAAAAGCCAUUUUUUUAGCUUUUCUUCAGUUCUCUGCGUCUUUGUAUUCAGUUAAUUAACAGCAUGUUAGGUAUAAGUCAUUUUACGUACUUUUCCCCAGUGGUUGUUGAGUCUCUACUUCUAGCACUUCUCUUGGUUGGUUCUUUUAGUCCAGUUGAAUGUUUCCAUUUCAAAUAUCAGUUCUUCAAUGAUUCUACUGAGAAUGAUUUCCUCUUAACGGAUUCACAGAUAACUCAGGAUGCCAUCCAAGUUACAUAUGAUGUUUCUGGAAAUCCUAUUACAAAUUUGUCUGGCCAGGCCCUGUAUAAAAGGCCAUUCAAGCUGUGGAGUGAAAGCAAAGGCACAGCAUCCUUCAAUACGACCUUUGUGCUCAGAAUCACUCCGAGGACAGAUCCAGGUGGUGAAGGCUUGGUCUUUAUCUUAACUGGACGUGCCACUCGUCCAGAGAACAGUGAAGGGAAAUGGCUUGGGAUUGUGAAUGCAAGCACAAAUGGAUCAGCUCAAAACCAGAUAGUGGCAGUAGAAUUUGACACAAGGAAAAGCUACAUGGAGGACCUGAGCAACAACCACAUUGGCGUGAACGUGAACAGCGUCUACUCAAUCAAACAAGCGAACCUAAGCAUCAAUCUUUCAAGUGGCACCGAUAUAACAGUGAAGAUUCAAUAUGAUGGGAAAAAUUUGAGUGCCUUUGUUGGAACGCAGAUGAAGGCUCCAGCAAUCGCUCUUCCUAUUAACCUCUCAGACCAUCUGCCACAGAAUGUUUUUGUGGGAUUCUCGGCUUCAACAGGGAAUCACACUCAACUGAACUGUGUAAGGUCAUGGGAAUUCAGUGGUUCGAGUGUAGAUGAAGAUCCUGACCUGUUAUGGGUCUGGAUCAUGGUUCCAGUAACAGUUUUGGUUAGUGGGGUGGCCUUCUAUUUCUCUUGGAAAUGGAAAUGUGGAAAGCAGGAGGAAGAGGAGGAUGAUCCGAGGGUAGAACAACAGAUUCAAGGCUCAUCCACAGCUCCAAGGAAAUUUCGACUGAAAGAACUUAAAGCUGCUACGGAAAAUUUCAACUCCAAGAAUGAGCUUGGCAAAGGUGGAUUUGGGACAGUCUACAAAGGAUUCUUGAAGAAUAAGGAGGUAGCUGUGAAAAGAUUUUCAAUGAAUUCACAUCAAAGCAACCAAGAUUUUAUAGCAGAAGUCACAACAAUCAGCAAUCUACAUCACAAAAAUCUUGUCAAAUUAGUUGGAUGGUGCUAUGAAAAAAGGGAACUCCUAAUAAUAUAUGAGUUCAUGCCAAAUACGAGCCUAGACAAGCUCAUAUUCUGCAAAAAAUCCGAUGUGGAGAAUCCAAUCACACUGAAUUGGGAAACAAGAUAUGGAAUCAUUUGCGGGGUGGCUCAGGCAUUGGACUAUCUUCACAAUGGAUGCGAGAAGAGGGUGCUUCACCGAGACAUAAAAGCGAGCAAUAUAAUGUUGGAUUCAGAUUUCAACGCCCGAUUGGGGGAUUUUGGAUUGGCUAGAAUUAUUCAACUGAAUGAUCAAACUCACCACUCAACAAAAGAGAUUGCAGGGACACCUGGGUAUAUGGCUCCAGAAAGUUUUCAUACCGGUAGGGCUGCCGUUGAAACUGAUGUAUAUGCCUUCGGUGUUCUUGUACUGGAAGUUGUCUGUGGAAGAAAGCCUGGAGAUCAAAGCGUGAACAACAAAUACAACAACGGGAUAGUGGAUUGGGUAUGGGAAUACUAUAGGAGACAAAGGAUUCUGGAUGUCGUAGAUUUGCGACUGAAUGGGGUUUUCCACAAGGAGCAGACUGAAUAUGCACUGAUGUUGGCAUUGUCUUGUUGUCAUCCCAACCCGUACCAGAGGCCAUCCAUGAGAAUUGCUUUAAGGGUUCUCACAGGAGAGGUAGACCCACCAGUUAUCCCCAUUGAAAAACCUCCUUUUGUGUGGCCAGCCACACCUCCGGUCUCUUUCAGGGAGGAUUUGGAGUAUCCUCCCACAGAAGGCCUGCUCUCUCCACCUUCAGAACUCAUUGGGAGAUAAAUCAGGCGGAAAACUUGCUCCAGUAGGUCUUGCAUGUCUUCUUUUUCCUUGCGUGAAGUGAUGUCCACCUUCAACUGUAUAUGAUGCUUGGCGUUUUUAUUAGGUGUCUUGGAUAAUUUGUCCUUGUAUU